GUGGUGGUUUUGUGUUCUCGUAUGAAGAUAAUAUUUUAUAAAUGACAUCUUUUUGUGAGACUUGAACUCCUGAUCUUUAAUAAGCUAUGAUUUGCUUAUAGCCUGAAUACCAUUGGACCAAUUUCUGAACCCCGACCACUUGACAAACCAUACUUUUGUGGAGACAACCGUGGUCGUAGCCACCACCGCCAUGGUCGGACUCGGCUGGAUACCUCCACCACCACUAAUAAAAAUGGGGCCUUUUCUCUAAAUUUAACUACCUCCAACACAAAAACAAAAACAAAAAAUCCAAGUAGGAAAAUCCACCUCCACGUGGAAGAAGCAUAACCUUGAAUCUCACACCUUACCUUUCGAACUUUUUUUUUUGAUUCUUCAAGUCUCAGAUUCCGGUUAUCUUUAUCAAUCUCUGAAAAAUUAAUAGAAAUGGCGGCAGCCAUAUCUGCUCUCUCACCUAAAUCAACCACUGCCCUUCAAACCCUAGAUCUUCUCAAACAACCCAAUUUUAAGUUCUUUAGUGGGUCCCCAUUAGAAGAGUUUUCUUUAAAUUUGCGACCAGGUUGUGGCAGUAAAGCUAGGGAAUUUUCCGGUUUGGUGGUUUCCGGUUCUGCCGGAGCCACCACCACUUGCGACGGUGGUAGUGGUGGUGGUAGACGUGAUGUCAAGACUGCGGUAAAUUCUGAUGUAAAAGACUGCAUAUGGCUGUCCCAUUCAGCAAAAAGAACAUCAAGAAACCAUACUAUCCUGGAAAGGCAUUACAGGAAUGCAACAAAGGUUUAUGCAACAAGGAGAAGGAGAUCAAACAUGGAGACGGAUACAUAUGUUCUAAUGGAGCCAGGGAAGCCUGAAGAAUUUGUAAGUGAGGAAGAACUGAGAGUCAGAUUGAAGGGUUGGCUAGAAAAUUGGCCAGCUACAUCACUGCCUCCUGAUCUUGCGAUAUUUGAAUCCAUUGAUGAUGCUGUUACACACCUUGUAAAGUCGGUUUGUGAACUUGAAAUCGAUGGGGAUGUUGGCUCGAUCCAAUGGUAUGAAGUUAGGUUGGAAUGAAAGUCAUUCGAGAAAUUUGCCUUGACAAAUCAAAUCAUAUUGUGUAGCUUCUUAAAAUGUAUUGUAUCACUUCUUUUCAUGGGUGUGUCCAUCUUCUUUUAU